CGGGGGAGUGUCUUUUACACACCCACGUGCAGGCUUUCGAUCCCAUCUCCCCUCCCCUCCCGAGAUUUCUGAUGCUAAAGAAGUUUUAGUUGCGCCCUAGAGCGAUGCCAUGGUCUUACAUCUCUUCCCACCACCACUGCCAGUAGUAGUAGAUCAUUCAAGUAUCUAAAAAAAAAAAAGCGAAACAAAAAAGUUUGGCCGUGUUCUCCUUGGAAACCGCCCGCACGCAAUUCUGCUAUCUUCGUGAACCGGGUGCCAUGAAAGAGCGGGGCGGAAUUUGUGCUUUGGCCGGUUCAGAGAGGCAAGUCAGGUUCUUCUUCUGGAGAGGUCUCCGGUGUAGUUGGGGGGUUUUUGUUUUGUUUUUCCCGGGCCGGGCGGGCUCUUUUUUGGCAAAUGCAGGGCUGGGCUGGGUUGGGGUAUGUCUAUGACUUGGCAAAGCUGCCUCCUGGAUUUCCAGGGUGGUGAUGGUGGGAGGAGAGCGAGCAGCAGCAGCAAGCUGAGAGCAACAGCCCAGCACUGUGGAGAUGAGAAGCUGCCCUCGCAGCUGCGCGGAGCAGAUGGAUGUAAUUCAUUUGCAGCUGGGCAUCCACAUCAGGACUCGUGUUUUAUAGUUCCUUUCUUUCAAACUGCAGACAAGAGCUUGAAAAUUAAGGAACAGAAGCAUUUGCAGGAGGGUUUAACUGCAGUAUUGGACAGAUACAAUGAAUCAUUAUUGCAUUGUAUUUAUAUGGACUGUGCUUGGCACUGAACUGUUAAGGAGCCACUGUACUACUGUCAAAUCCCCAAGGUUCAGAGGACGUGUACAGCAGGAGCGGAAAAAUAUCAGGCCAAACAUUAUCCUUGUACUCACAGAUGACCAAGACGUGGAGCUCGGUUCUUUGCAAGUGAUGAAUAAAACCAGGAAGAUAAUGGAAAAUGGAGGUGCCACUUUUGUCAAUGCGUUUGUAACGACCCCAAUGUGCUGCCCAUCUCGUUCCUCGAUGUUGACGGGAAAAUAUGUUCACAACCACAAUGUUUAUACCAACAAUGAAAAUUGUUCUUCUCCUUCCUGGCAAGCAACGCAUGAACCACGUACCUUUGCAGUGUAUCUGAACAACACUGGGUAUAGGACUGCUUUUUUCGGGAAAUACCUCAAUGAAUACAAUGGCAGCUACAUCCCUCCUGGCUGGCGAGAGUGGGUUGGAUUAAUCAAGAACUCUCGUUUCUACAACUAUACUAUUUGUCGCAAUGGCCUCAAAGAGAAGCACGGCUUUGAUUAUGCAAAGGACUAUUUCACAGAUUUAAUCACUAAUGACAGCAUUAAUUAUUUCAAAACGUCUAAGAGGAUGUAUCCCCAUAGACCUAUAAUGAUGGUGAUCAGUCACGCGGCCCCCCAUGGCCCUGAAGACUCUGCGCCACAGUUCUCCGAGCUCUAUCCAAACGCUUCCCAGCACAUAACUCCCAGUUACAACUAUGCACCAAAUAUGGAUAAACAUUGGAUCAUGCAAUAUACAGGUCCCAUGCUUCCUAUCCACAUGGAAUUCACAAAUACCUUGCAGCGCAAACGACUUCAAACUUUGCUGUCAGUUGAUGACUCCAUGGAAAGGUUAUAUCACAUGCUAGUGGAGACUGGAGAACUGGAGAAUACCUACAUUAUUUACACUGCUGACCAUGGUUACCAUAUUGGGCAGUUUGGACUGGUCAAAGGGAAGUCAAUGCCCUAUGACUUUGACAUCCGCGUCCCUUUCUUUAUUCGUGGUCCAAGUGUAGAGCCGGGAUCAGUAAUAUCUCAGUUAGUACUGAAUAUUGACCUUGCUCCAACAGUUUUGGAUAUUGCAGGACUUGACACGCCUCCCGAUAUGGAUGGCAAAUCUAUUCUAAAACUGCUGGACCUUGAAAAAGCAGGAAACAGGUUUCGAACAAACAAGAAAACCAAAGUUUGGCGUGAUACAUUCCUAGUGGAAAGAGGUAAAUUUCUGCGCAAGAAGGAAGAAGCGAGCAAAAAUGCCCAGCAAUCGAAUCACUUGCCCAAAUAUGAGAGAGUAAAGGAGUUGUGUCAGCAAGCAAGAUACCAAACAGCUUGUGAGCAGCCUGGUCAGAAGUGGCAGUGCAUCGAAGACGCGUCUGGCAAACUCCGCAUUCACAAAUGUAAAGCAUCUAGUGACAUCCUUGCUAUCAGAAAGAGAACGCGAAGCAUUCACUCCCGGGGAUACAGCAGCAAAGAAAAUGACUGCGACUGUGGAGAAGCUGAUUACCGGAGCAGUAGGACUCAAAGCAGUAGGACUCAAAGAAAAAGAGCUUUUAUGAGAAACCCCGGAAUACAAAAAUACAAACCGCGGUUUGUUCACACGCGCCAGACUCGUUCCCUGUCUGUGGAAUUCGAAGGGGAAAUAUAUGAUAUAAACCUGGAGGAGGAGGAGCUGCACAUCCUCCAGCCCAAAAGCAUCGUUAAGCGGCAUGGAGGUUACAGUGAAGAGGAGGAGGGCCAAUCAGAAGAUACCGCUGGUGGAGACAAAGCGAUGUUAGCCGAUGGAACCAACGCAGUCGGCCAGCCAGACUCUGUCCGAGUGACUCAUAAGUGUUUUAUUCUUCCGAAUGACUCUAUUCACUGUGAGAGGGAACUAUACCAAUCAGCCAGAGCCUGGAAAGACCACAAAGCCUACAUUGACAAAGAGAUUGAGGCUCUCCAAGAUAAAAUUAAGAAUUUAAGAGAAGUGAGAGGACAUCUAAAAAGACGAAAACCUGAGGACUGUGACUGUAGCAAAAAAAGCUAUUACAAUAAAGAAAAGGGGGUUAAAGGUCAAGAAAAGCUUAAGACAAGUCAUCUUCAUCCAUUCAAGGAAGCUGCCCAAGAAGUAGAUGGUAAACUUCAGCCCUUCAAAGAAAACCGGAGGAGGAGGAAAGAAAGGAAAGGGAAAAAGCGACAGAAAAAAGGAGACGAAUGCAGCCUUCCUGGACUCACUUGUUUUACGCAUGAUAACAACCACUGGCAGACUGCACCAUUCUGGAACUUGGGAUCAUUUUGUGCUUGUACAAGCUCAAACAAUAACACCUACUGGUGCUUACGAACACUAAAUGAAACACACAACUUCCUCUUCUGUGAGUUUGCUACAGGAUUCCUGGAGUAUUUUGACAUGAACACAGACCCCUACCAGCUGACAAAUACAGUACACACUGUAGAAAGAGGCACCUUGAACCAGCUACACAUACAGCUAAUGGAGCUACGAAGCUGUCAAGGUUAUAAGCAGUGCAAUCCAAGACCUAAGGGGCUUGACACAGCAGAGGACAGUUAUGGCAUGGAUGGGAAGGCUAAGUUGCCAAUCUUCAUGGAAAAUGUCAACUGGCAAGGACUGGAAGAUUUGUACAGUGUGAAUGAAAGUUUAUAUGAAGCCAGAAAUGACUACAGACUUAGUCCUAACGACUGGACAAAUUACUUGAAGGAUGUAGAUAGAAUCUUUGCACUGCUGAACAGUUACUCUGAGCAAAAUGGAAGAGCAAAGACUCAGGCUACUUAUGCCAGUGGGUACUUGGAUGAAUCAUCCACACCAUUUGCCUUGCUAGAAAUGAGCUCUGCUGAAUCAGAUGAAGGUUCAAGUUGGUUGACAGCCCAAGAGGCCCAGCCUAUUAUGCCAACAGAUUUGGGGGCACUGCCUUUGAGCGCUAUUAUGUUAAGCCAGGAGAGCAAACCUGAAUUAAGCAAUGAUAUUCCUGCAAACGUGAGUCCAAACCUACCACACUGGAAUAGUCACCAAGCCAACGUGUGGCUGGAGACCAAAGAACCAGUUCGUAUUGAAAUGGAUUUCAGUGGGAAUGACUUGACAGAGCUUGAGUCUAGCCAUAGCUUCACCUUACAACCCAGUAACAUUCUUCAGAAAGACUCAGCCCAAGACAGUGACUCUGCAGAAGAUAUUUUUGAAGAGCAGAUCUAUCUUCCCAUGAAUGCAGGGGCAAUCCACCAGUUCAUCAUGGAGCAUAAAACUGAGAGGGCGUUGAAAAAAAGGGAACAUUUUCCAAAUUCUGCACAGCGUCUAAGUGUAGAAGGCAGUGCCUCAUCUCCACUCUCCUCAGAUUAGAUUGUGGUAAACCACACAUUCUUUCUUCUUUAUUAAUUAGUUGGCAAAUAGUAGUAGUUAUGAUAACUGACAUUCCAAAUUUUGCUACUGUUAACUUUUUUUAGCAAAAUGAACCAUGAUAUGUGCUCUGCAUACACAUACACGAACUCUUAAAAGUGUAACUGAAGGAGCCAGAGUUCCAGUGUUAAAAAGAAAGUCACAUUGCAGUGAUACCCUGAUUUUAUGCAGUAUAAAGGCAUCUGCAAAUUAGUCUUUUGAGUCAUUUGUCUUCUUGUUCCCCAAAUGGCUCACCACAAAUGAAUGUUUCUGUCCACUUAAGCUCCCUGAAUCAUUUUUUUAAAUUAACCACUGAAAUUUCAUACUGAUAAGAGUAAAAUUAUAUUGCACUUUUAUAAUCUGUGUGCCAUAGCCUUUAUUAAUCUGGUACAUGCUCUUAGUUUUGCUAAAUAGUGUGUAAUUGCAACAAAAUAAAGUAGGCUGGUAGCAAAAGCAAUAUGCAGCAUGGAUUAUGAAAACCAAUUAUCUGAACAUUGAGCAGAAAGCAAUGUUUGCUUUUAAGCCUCUAUGCUCAAAUUGAUUUUAUGGUAAUUUUUCUCAGAAAGAUGCAGCUAACAAAAGAUGUAAUAGAGAAGGUGUUAUAUUUUCAGAUUUCAAUGUACAGUGGUACCUCGGUUUAUGAACACAAUUGGUUCCGGAAGUCUGUUCAUAAACUGAAGCGUUCAUAAACUGAAGCGAACUUUCCCAUUGAAAGUAAUGGAAAGUGGAUUAAUCCGUUCCAUACGGUCCGCGGAGUAACCGUUCAUAAACUGAAGCGAACUUUUCCAUUGAAAGUAAUGGAAAGUGGAUUAAUCCGUUCCAGACGGGUCCGCGAAGUACUUAAACUGAAGCGUUCAUAAACUGAAACAUGGGUGUAAUUGGUUCCGGAAGUCUGUUCAUAAACUGAAGCGUUCAUAAACUGAAGCGAACUUUCCCAUUAAAAGUAAUGGAAAGUGAAUUAAUCCGUUCCAGAUGGGUCCGCGGCGUUCAUAAACCGAAAAUUCAUAAACCGAGGUGUUCAUAAACCGAGGUUCCACUGUAUAAGGAAACUAAUAAGUAAUUACCGUUUUCAAAUUUUCGAUUUCUUUUGCUUGAAAGGAAACUUAAUUUUCAUUAGGCAAAGACAAGCCUUGAUGUGCUCGGAAACUACUCAGAUAAGUUUUAGAGUUUAGAACAGGGGAGGCUAAUCUGUGGUCUGUCAUAUGUUACUGGACUCCAACUCUCAUCAGUCCCAGCCAACAUGGCCAAGGGUCAGAGAUGUUGUGUGGGGAUGUCCGAAUCUGGAGGGCCAUGGGUCAAGCUACCUCUGUUUGUAACUGAACUCUCAUCCAAAGAAGGGGUCUGGUGUAUGUGCCUAUACAAAUAUGCCAUUAGCAGUGUUUCAUACCAGCAUGUCCAGUAAGCAUUUUUUAUGAAGGGUAUAGUGGAGAGUCAUUCAGAUUUUUACUCAUCCCAAUGGGAGACUACACAAUUGUGAGGCCUUCUCUCUAUGUAGUCAUAUGAAUGCUGGAUUAUAGCCAUACAUCUUAAUGCAGAGGCUUCUCAAACACAGGAAAUCUCCAAGGUGCAUGUGGAAUAGACAAGGGCUUCUCCAGUGACUUCAAAAAGACGGAAAGGCACCACCUCCCAUACGACCCUCAUUACUUAAUGGGAAUAGUGACGCUUGUACAUGCAGAUGGAUUGGACUGCUUUAGAACAAAACAGUUGAAUGAAAAAGUUGGUAACCAUAGAUUUAGAAGACGCGGAAGGUACGUAACUGCAGACAAACUCUUGAGUUUAAGUCCAUUGCUUGAUUUUGCCAAACAUUUUUAGAGGUUCUUUUGAACCACAACAUUUGAAUUAUAAAAUAGAGCAAAGUGGUAUUUCUGGGUUAUUUGAUCUAUAGGAGAGUACAUGUCAUUAUGUGUGGUAAUGGAAAUAGGGUUUAAAAACUAUUUGUUUUAAAUAACACAGGUUAAAACUGACAAUUGCGUGUCCCCGGUGCUCAGUAGGCUUUUUUAAUAAUUUUCAGGAAAAACUUGUGAUGGACUCUGUAUAGUUGUUGACAUUAACUAGGUGUUUAAUCAUGUGUAUGUCAUGAGCGGAAUGACCGAACAAACGUAUUUAUGGGCAUGAAUGAUGCUGUUUGUAUAUAGAGUGUCCAUUAUUAGACUUUAAACUGUGUUCUUGUAAAAUAUAUAUAUAUAUAUAUAUAUUCUGCAAUACUUUUAUAGAACAAUUCUGACUUCGGUGAAGUCUAGAAGCAAUAUUUCUUGAAAUAAAGAGUUCCUGUACCUGUUUCAUAGUAAAAAUAUAUAUAUAUGCGUAAAACCAAAGCUUCAUAAGGCUAACGUAGCAAAUUUUUCCAUACUUUCAAACGUCAAUUACUGAGGACAAAGUAUUAAUUAAGUAAACUUUACAUGGGUGUUGAAGUAAGCUAAUAGUAUCCUUAUAGUGAAGACUACUCACUAUGCUCAGUUGUAAGUUGGACACUUUUACUGUAUGUUUAUACUAUUACUGUGUAACUAUUGCCCAUAAUUUGUAGUAUUAUGAAAUCUCUGAGAACAUCUUCUGAUGACAAGGUAGAUUCGGAAUUGGGAUUCCAGCUUAUAUCUGUUCCAUUCAAGCACAGAGGGUGUUCUUGCCUGGGCCUAGCAUGGCCGACCAAAAUCUUUAAAUUCGAUAAUUAAUAGGUUUAUGCGGAUUUGAGUUAAUUCUAUGUGGGACUUUUAAAUAACCUAGCAAGGUUAUUUAAACAACCAUUUUAAAUAACCAUUCAAUGCUUCUAUAGAAUCCUAGUUGGAUAGAACAACAAAAACAGCUAGUUUCAAUUGUGGAAGAAAAGUCUGCCACUAUUUAGGACUGGAAUGAACUCAGUAGCAUGAGACAAGCUAGCAAUAAAGGCAUCAAUUAUUUCAAUUUCCACUCUGACAGCUACUAAAUAAUAUAGGACACUUCCUUCACAUGCCUCUUCCCUCAGAAGGCACAAAAUUGUUUGCAGAGAGGUCUGAUUGCUGUUCCUUACCAGCCAUUGGAUGUCACUGUGACACUACUGAACAGCCUGCUCUGCUGCAAUACACACACAGCCUCUGCAAAUAUGUGGGCAUCUUGCCUAAUAUUUUUAAAUAGUCAAAACCACCAGCAUAAUGAAGUUCGGUGGCCCUGGUCUCUGUAUUUUAUAAACUAGUAGGGUUUUUUGUGAUUUAGGUAACAGUUCCACAUUGUACCUACUGAUGACAGAAAUUUAUGUGGAGCCUAAUCACUCUAAUCCAAGUGGACUGAUCUAAAAAUAAAGCAAUGUAACCCCGCCAAUUAACUCAGCAAGGGGGGGGUCAUUAAAAUUGAGUUUCACAUUUUGUAAUGCAUCAGCUCCUGAACAAACACAAUUCCCAAAAACAACAUUUACGUGCUGUUACAGAGGAGACUUCUGCACCAAUCAAUUCACUAGAUGAGAGCACAUAGAUAUAAUUUAGAUGGGCAGAUGAAAGCAAUGCGGUGGGGGAGUAGCAUCUGUACUUUACUCAUUUGCCAACAAUUAAUUAUACAUAAUUCCAUGUGGUAAGGGUUGGAGGAGGAACUCUCCCCCACCCCAAUAGAGCCUUUAUAAUAGCUAGAAAAUUUCAUCACUAGCCCCUUAUUGUUCUGUAUAUGCUUAGACUCUGCUUUUCUAGAGAAGGGGGUAGGGAACCUAUGGCCCACCACAUGUCGUGCCUCCCAUCAGUCUCAGUGGGCACCAGCCACCCACCCACCCACCCACCUACUGCUCCAUCCUGCGACAGAGAUCCCCAAACCCACACAUUUGUGGUUGAGAAUGUACAGCAACAAAACACACUGAGAAGCCAUUUUUAUU